UCCGGAAAGACUAGGACCCAGCGAGAACUAGAGCGCGCUAUGGGAGGGAGCUGCGCUCAGAGGCGCCCCGCCGGCAGGCUGCAGGUACUGUUUCCCUUCCUGCUACCUUUGUUCUACUCGGCGCUCUGCGAGCCGAUCCGCUACUCCAUUCCCGAGGAACUGGCCAAGGGCUCGGUGGUGGGGAAUCUCGCCAAGGAUCUCGGGCUCAGCGUCCUGGAUGUGUCGGCUCGGAAGCUGCGAGUUAGCACAGAGAAGCUGCUUUUCAACGUAGAUGCGGAGAGCGGGGACUUACUGGUGAAGGACCGAAUAGACCGUGAGCAGAUAUGCAAAGAGAGAAGAAGAUGUGAGUUGCAGUUGGAAGCCGUGGUGGAAAAUCCUUUAAAUAUUUUUCAUAUCAUUGUGGUUGUUGAGGAUAUUAAUGACCAUGCCCCUCAAUUCCAUAAAGAUGAAAUAAAUUUAGAAAUCAGUGAAUCUGUAUCCGAAGGUGCACGAAUAUCCCUUGACCCUGCCACCGACCCCGAUAUAAACAUGAACUCAGUUAAAGAUUAUCAGAUAAAUCCUAACCCUUAUUUCUCAUUAAUGAUUAGAGUUAAUUCCGAUGGUGGUAAAUACCCAGAGUUAUCUUUGGAGAAGCUCCUAGACCGCGAAGAGCAGCGUUCUCAUCGCUUGAUACUGACUGCCUUGGACGGGGGAGACCCACCACGAAGUGCCACCACUCGAAUAGAAAUCUUUGUCAGGGAUGCCAAUGACAACUUCCCGGUGUUCAGCAAAGAUGAAUAUAGAGUCAGUGUUAGUGAAAAUCUGCCCCCCGGAUCCUCCGUGUUGCAGGUGACAGCCACUGACAAAGACGAAGGGGUCAAUGCAGAAGUAAACUACUACUUCAGGAGUACUGCUCAGAGUACAAGGCACAUGUUCUCACUGGAUGAGAAGACAGGUAUGAUUAAGAAUAACCAGUCAUUGGAUUUUGAGGAUACAGAAAGAUACACCAUGGAAGUGGAAGCAAGGGAUGGAGGUGGUCUCUCUACCCAAUGUAAAGUAAUCAUAGAAAUCCUAGAUGAAAACGACAACAACCCCGAAAUAAUCAUCACUUCUCUCUCUGAUGAAAUUUUGGAGGAUACUCUUCCAGGAAUGGUGGUGGUUCUCUUCAAAACACGGGACAAGGAUUUCGGAGAAAAUGGAGAAGUUGUCUGUAACAUAAGAAGGGAUAUUCCUUUCAAGAUUUAUUCCUCUUCUAAGAAUUACUACAAGCUGGUGACAUAUGGACCCCUAGACCGAGAACAGACUCCGGAAUACAAUGUCACCAUAACAGCCACCGACAGGGGCAAGCCGCCUCUCUCCUCCAGCACUACCAUCACCCUGCACAUCACCGACGUCAACGACAACGCGCCGGCUUUCCACCAGGCCUCUUACGUGGUUCACGUGGCCGAGAACAAU